CCCCAGAUGCCUGGCUGAGACCCAGCAGUGGUCCCAGCUGCCUGUGCCUCCCCCUGGCCCCCAAGGUUGGCGCCACCGUGGACGACUCUUUGGGCACCAGGCAGCUAACGGACACAGCCGCCAGCCCGAGCAGCAUGGGCAGCGCCAGCCCAGGCCUGAGCCCCGGGCCGCCCGGCCGCCUCCUGCUGCCCCCAGACAGCGCGCUGCGGACAGGCCUGGAGAAGGCGGCCGCGGGGGGCACGGGGCCCGAGCGGCGGGACUGGAGCCCCAGCCCGCCUGCCACCCCCGAGCAGGGCCUACCCACCUUCUACCUCUCCUACUUUGACAUGCUGUACCCCGAGGAUAGCAGCUGGGCGGCCAAGGGCCCCGGGGCCAGUGCGCGGGAGGAGCCGCCCGACGAGCCGGAGCAAUGCCCGGUCAUUGACAGCCAAGCCCCGGGGGGCAGCCUGGACCUGGCCCCGGGCGGGCUGACCCUGGAGGAGCAUUCGCUGGAGCAGGUGCAGUCCAUGGUGGUGGGCGAGGUGCUCAAGGACAUCGAGACGGCCUGCAAGCUGCUCAACAUCACGGCAGACCCCGUGGACUGGAGCCCCGGCAACGUGCAGAAGUGGCUCCUGUGGACGGAACACCAGUACCGAUUGCCCCCCGUGGGCAAGGCCUUCCAGGAGCUGGGGGGCAAGGAGCUGUGUGCCAUGUCGGAGGAGCAGUUCCGCCAGCGUUCGCCCCUUGGCGGGGACGUGCUGCACGCCCAUCUGGACAUCUGGAAAUCAGGUCGGUGGAGCACCCCCCCGCCCCACCCCCAGGCUCCAAGCCCAGGCCGUCAGGGGAGAAGAAGCAGCUCUGCUGAUCUGCUGGUCUUGGUCUCUCUCCCUCCUGCUCUGCUGGCUUUCCCUGGGCCCCCCACUGCCCCAGGCAUCUUCAAAAUCGAGGACUCCGCGCAGGUGGCCCGGCUGUGGGGCAUCCGCAAGAACCGCCCUGCCAUGAAUUACGACAAGCUGAGCCGCUCCAUCCGCCAGUAUUACAAGAAGGGCAUCAUCCGCAAGCCCGACAUCUCCCAGCGUCUGGUCUACCAGUUCGUGCACCCCAUCUGAGCACGGCUGCCGGGUCCCGGGCCUGAAAGGUGCCCUCGCCAGACCUCCCUCCUGCCUGCCCUGCCUCGGCCAGACCCAGAGCUGGGAAAGAGGGCAGUCUGCUGGCAUCCAGAGUUCAAGGUCAGGGAGGGGAUGGCCCGCCACUCCCAGAGAUGUCAGUGAGCUCUCUGGGAAGAGAGUCCCAGGGUUGGGGGGUGCUUCCCCCUCAGGCCUGACUGCUCCACGGCCAGCCCAUCGGAGGACAGAGGGAGGCAGGGCUGUCCCCCCGCUCCAUUGCAGCCUCUGACCCCAGGCGCUCCGGAGCAGAGCCAACGGAACGGCAGUGACUUGGCCAAGCCACUUGCCCUCCAGUGCCCUCAGCUGCCCGGCCAGCACUGCGCCUGGCAUGGUGCCAGGAGACAUCUGGACCCCUGAGCUGGGAAGCCAGGGGUGCCCUGGGGACGGAUAAUAAAGAUCCUAAGGAACUGA